AUGGCAAACGGUGACAAAAAACUAGCAUUUAAAGUAGCAAGGGCACUUUAUGAUUUUAAUGGUCAAAAGGAAUAUAAUGAGCUUUCUUUAACAGCUGGUGAAUACGUGAUUGUUGAUGACAUUGAAGUUGACGAUAUAUGGGCUUUUGCUGCUUUGAAACGAGAUCCUACGCAAAAGGGUUUAGUUCCUCAAGAAUAUCUUAUUUAUUUGAUGGAUUCAUCUUCUGAAAUAUUUGAUUCGGGUUCUGAAAGUAUUGAUAUUGUGAAUUUUAUGGAAACAGCAUCAAAAUUUAUAGCUACUGAAUCAUUUCAAGAGAAUGUUAUAGAUAAAGAUUCUUCAAAUGCUUUUACUCUUGGAAAUAGAAGUGAAUCUGAAUAUUUAUAUCAAUCCUAUUCUGAUUUUAAAACUUAUAUACCUUUACAACCAUGUUUUGUGCGAAAAACACUGAAUAGAUUACUUACUUUUGCAACAACUGGCACAGAAGAUUUCUUUAUUUCUAAUUCUUUGGGUUCUUUAGACUAUAUAAAGAAUCCUCAAAAAAAAUAUAUAACUGAAGCGGAUAUACAUUAUAUAGAAGAUGGUCCUAAAUGGAAAAGUAAAGUAGGAAUAUUUGAUGUCUUUGUUCAUGAUCCGCAAAAGAAAAUUUUCCCUAGCUACUUAAAAAGUCAUGUUACAUAUAAAGUUACAUCAUGUUUUCCUACGAAUAAAAAUAGUCUUGGUAUUAUUAAAGUUACUGUAGAAAGACGUUAUAGUCAAUUUCAAUGGUUUCACAAUAAGCUUUUGAAAAAGUAUUCAUUGCUGGUAUGGCCAAAGUUUCCUGAAAAGCAAAUAACGCACAGAUUUAAUGAUGAAUUUUUGGAAAGAAGAAGAUCGAGUUUAGAAAGAUAUAUAAAACGUGUGGUAAAGCAUCCUGUUGCUAGAUAUUCAGAUUUGCUAGCUACUUUUUUGACCUGUGAAGAUUCUCUUGAAUUUGCUGAAAAAAUGAAAGAACAUGAUAAUGAUUUGAUUGUUGGUCAAAAGUUUUUUGAAAAUGUCUAUCAUCCUGACUUUAAUGUAGAUGAAGGAGAUGCGCCUAUAUUGUAUGCGUUUUCAUGUUAUAUUAAUUCCUUAGAUCGUCAUGUUCCUUCUAUAAUUAAUAGCUUUCGGAACUUGAGAUAUUCCAUACACACAGGUGCAGAUAAAUUGAAAUUAUUCGGGCAGAAUAUUCUUAAAUUAGUAUCUAAACAUAACUUUUCUGGCACUAAUAGCAGUGAUUCAAGUUCUAGGAAUAUUUGGUGCCAUAAAGAUGAAUGUUCAAAGUGUGAAAAAUUAACGAAUAUACUGAAAAUAACUUCUGAUGCGUUAAUUUCUUGUUCCAAUAUUUGUAAACUAUGGGCAAUCAAACAUUCUGAAAAAAUUACUGCUCAAUUGAAUGAAUGGAAACAACCUGCAAAAGAUACUACAUUUUUAUAUAAAAUUUAUUUAGCUACUUUAAAAAAAUAUUUAUAUGCUGAUAAAAUUGAUCCUAUGCAUGAUAAUGAGUCUUUUGAAGAAUUGAGACAGCGUUAUGAUACUAUUUUUAAUAUUAUUAUGGCUGAAAUAGAUAGAAUACAUGAAGAAAAAAUUGACUCUUUUAAAGUUAUAGCUAUGGAGUUGCUGGACCAAGAAAUAUUGCUUCAAAAAAAGAAACUUGAAAUACUUGAAAAUGCACGUUCUGGGUUUGAAUAUGAAUAA